UCCUCCUUAUUCCAGCCAGCACCGCAGCUGUUAUCAUUUAACGGACCUCCGGGAUCUCCAAGCACGAUGCACCAACUUCUGCUCGUGUUUGUGGCCGCUGCUGGGGCCUCUGUCUUCGGCCUCCCGCGGCUGGAUGCGUCCCGGGCGGACGGGCCCUGCGUCGCCCCGCUGCAGUGGGAGGGAAGGUGGGUUGUGUACGACCACAGCACCGGCAGGAACAGCCGAGCCGCCGUCUCCUACGAUGGCCUGAACCAGAGGAUCCGAGUCCUGCAGCAGCAUAAGAAGCACACCCCAUGUCAGAGGUUUUUUGAGUACAUCUACUUGUAUCAGAGCAUGGUGAUGUUCCAGAUUGACCAGAAGACGAAGGAAUGCUCAAAGAUCGCUCUGACUGAAGCCUGGGAUCCCUUCGACAUCCCUGACAACUCCACCUUCGAGGACCAGUACUUCAUCGGCGGCCCCGGGGACAACAUUGAGGUUCAGGAGUGGUCGGACAGGAAGCCGGCACGCAAGCAUGAGACCUGGGUGGGUAUUUACACCAUGAAGGACUGCUACCCAGUGCAGGAGACCUACACGAGGAACAGCAGUGUCACCACCUCCACCCGCUUCUUCAGCCUGCAGCUGGGAAUCACCGAUCCCAAUGUCUUCACCCCACCGAGCACCUGCCAAUCGGCCCGGCCUGAGAGGAUGGGUAACCUCAAGUGCUGAGACCUCACCACAUCUCACCUUUGACCUUAGAAGCUAAACUGCAGUUUGGGUCUUAAAACGCUUCCUUGUUUAUUCUUUCACUACUGUAGUGUGCUGAAAUUUUAAUAUCUGUACUGCUACAGUCCAGGGGUUCCCAGACUUUGGGUCAGGCCUGUCCAAAAGCUCAGAAGAUCAAAUCUGAAUGAUUUUAAGAUGAUUUAUGGGAACUAAAAAUUACUGUUCUGUUGAAACCUGUGCUCAUUUUUUAAUCUUUGAUUUCACUGUGAAAUUUGGGAUGCUUGGAUGAGAAACAUCAUCUGUACUCACAGCUAAAACUGUCAGAUAAAUACAGUGGGGAAAAAAGGCUGUUUCUGUCUGAAAUGAUGAAAGUAGCAUGAAUGGAAAUACUCGGUACAGUAACCUCAAAACUGGAUUUAAGUACAACACUUUAAUAAUUCCAUGAUGUAACUUCCUGUCACUUUCAGCUGUUUCAAAUAAACAUCAUUUUUUGUGUCAUCA